AUGUGGUGGUACGUCCAGUACCGGCAAUUGGGCAAAAAGGUUGCGGCGGAGGUUGGGAGGACAGCUCAAAGCCCAGAAUCGCCAGACAAGUCGUCCGAGGACGUUGAACGGACCGCCAACCGGGAGAGGCAAACCGAUGGGAAAUCGGGCAAGAUAUACGUCCGUGUUCAUGGCGACGACGACGCGCUGGACCCUCGAAACUGGCCGCUACUGUCCCGCGCCAAGAACAUCGUCAUUCUCACCCUCCUAAUAUUCACCCAAGCCUGGGCGGGCGCGUCCGAGUCGAUCGCGAACCGCAUGGCCAGUGAGGAAUUCGGCGUCAGCCAGGUCGCCGAGAACCUCUCGACCGCAAUGUACCUCUUCGGCAUCGGGUCUGGUGCGUUCUUCGGAGGACCGCUCUCGGAGACGGUGGGCCGCAACCCGACGUAUCUCGUCUCGACCUUCUGCUACCUGUUCUUCGUUCUGGGUUCGGCUUUGACGCCCACCUUUGGGGGGCAGGUCGUAUGUCGUUACUUUGUGGGGUUGUUCGCGAGCGCUACCCUAAGUAUCAAUGGCUCGAGUGUGAGAGAUCAGUUUAGGCCUGUGAAGACGGCGUUCGUCUUCCCGGUCAUAGCAUGGGCGAAUGUGGCAGCUCCUGUCUUAGCGCCCAUAGCCGGUGGCUGGAUUGUGUCAAAUGGCAGCCUGUCGUGGCGGUGGACGGAAUGGAGCACGCUGAUCAUCUCCGGCUUCGCCUUUCUCGUGGCAUUCCUCUUCUUGCCCGAGACGUACUUGCCGCUGCUAUUGGACUGGAAGGCCGAGCAUUUGCGCCGGGUUACCGGCGACGAUCGCUACGUCUCGGAGCAUUCCGAAGCCGCCUCCUUCUCGGAGCGGCUGAGGAAGGCGCUGCCUCUGCCCGUAAAGUUCCUCGCUGGAGAACCCGUCAUCACGGUGCUGGGCGGAUACCUCAUCCUCCUCUACGUGCUUCUGUUCACGUUCCUUUCGGGUUUCGAUUACAUCUUUCGCGACACCUACGGCUUGUCUACCGCGAUGUCGGGGUCCUGCUUCGGUUCCAUCGCUGCCGGGGCAACCUUCUUCACACUACUGUCGCCGGGGUUCUACACCUUGGCACGCUGGAAGACCGAAUAUGUACGAGGAUCGUCGAUCCACCCCGAGUUCAGGAUCUGGCCUGCGAUCAUCGCUGCGCCGUUGCUUCCCAUCAGCCUUUUCUGGCUGGGGUGGGGCGACCAGAAGUCCAUCUCGAUCUGGAGCAGUCUGGGGGCGUGUUUUGUCUUUGGCAUGGUCAUCAUCGCGAUCUACGUGUCCAGCUACGAGUACAUCAUUGACAGUUAUGGUGAUCACGCCGCCACUGGCUUGGCCAGCAUCACCAUAGUUCGCUAUCUGGUUGCCGGGGGCAUGGUAAUGGCUGCAAGACCGAUGUAUGAGGGGAUUGGCACGCAUUGGACCAUGACGCUUCUGGGUUGUGUUGCCACAUUGUUGACUCCGGCGCCCCUGGUGUUUUGGUGGAUGGGCCCACGACUACGGGCGAGGAGUCCGUAUGCGAAAAGCCCUGAUCUAUAA